AUGUUAGAGAGCAAUUCUAAUAAUUUUGUUGGUGCUUUGUUGUUGCCUCCUCCUAAUAUUACUGGUAAUUUACAUUUGGGUCAUGCUUUUGAAUCGGUUAUUCAGGAUUUUCUGAAAGCUAGUUUCACCCUUGACCCUAUUAUUCAGAAGCAAGUGCGAGAAGCAUUUGUCAAACUUUAUCAGGACGGACUAAUUUAUCGAGGAGUGGAACAUCGUCCUGCUUCUAGCAAAUUGUAUUAUCUAAAAUAUCCUCUCCAAAGUAGCACUGACUAUUUAUUGGUAGCAACUAGUCGUCCGGAAACAAUUUUUGCUGAUGUUGUCUUAUUUGUUAAUCCGCAGGACCAACGCUAUCAAAAAUACUUAGGCAAGAAUAUCAUUCAUCCCUUUACUGGAAAAAUUAUUCCAAUUUUGACCGAUAAGAGCAUUAAAAUAGAAUUCGGUAGUGGAGUUUUGAAAUGUACUCCCGGACACGAUUUUAUUGAUUAUGAGUUAGGGAAAAAAUACCAAUUGUCAAUAAUUAGUUGUUGUAAUGAAAAAGUAGAGAAAGGCAUCUGCGUCAAAAUUGAAGAUUAUGAGACGAAUUUAGCUUGUUCUUCCAAGUCUGGAGCAACAAUUGAACCUCUUCUUUCUCAACAUUCCGAAAGGUUUUGGAAGAAUGGUGCAAUAAAGUUCAUGAAUGAUGUAUUUCUCGUCAAUUGUGGUGAGGGCAUCGGAUACCUGCCUGAUAUCAUAAAUCGAGCUAAAGAGGGCGAAAAAUUUCUUUCACCUCCGCUUAAUUGUUAUCCAAUAACUACUCUGGUUACUGGUUAUGAUAUCCUUUUUUUUUGGGUAUUAAAAAUGAUAUUGCUCGGAACUUAUUUUACUGGUCAAGUGCCUUUUCAGCAAGUGCUAUUGCAUGGCCUAAUUCGGGACAAGCAUGGCAAAAAAAUGUCAAAAUCUCUGGGUAAUGGCGUUGAACCUGAUAUCCUGAUUGAAAAAUAUGGUUGUGAUAAAGUAGAGGCAAUUUCGAGUGAAGAAUUUUAUUACGUAAAAUUGAGUUUUGACAAAGCAAACAUAGAUCACAUCGAUGGACAAGGAAAUAAUUAUACCUUUUGCGAAAACCGUCAUCCUUUUAAUAGUUAUCGAGCAGGAGAUUAUAUAGAAGUCGAUUGCAGCAGAACAAGAAGUUAUGGUCGAAGAAGGCCAAUUGACAAUGAAAAUAUAUUAAGAAAAGUCGGUUCAUCUUCAUCCACAAAUAUAAUUACUACUCGCGGUUCUUCUUCCGAUAUAGUUAUUUCAUCUGGCGCCGUGAGUGCCAUGAAUAGUCCUAAUGCAAUGAAUUUGGCUCGGCGAAUGUCCGAAAUGGUAGAUGCAACCGGAAAAGAGUAUGAAUUUAAGAUAGAGGAUCCUACGCUUAAUAAAAAAGAAGUAGAAGAAACUUUUGAGAAGAGGGCUGGUUUUGGUAUCACUUAUCAUGGUGAAAACGACGAAGGAAGAUGUGUCCUCAGUAUAAAAUUUAAAAAUCCUGAGAUAGAAGAGGAAAAAAACAAGUUAAUAGAAAGAAAAUUUAGUGAUAAUCCCAAAGAGGUUUUUCGUCAUUAUCAAUUUACAGGUUAUGGUGCAAGUUAUAAUGUUGAAAAAAUUACUGAUAAAGAAAAAUCACAACACCAAAAUUACUCUCCACAACAGGAAAAUUCUCUAAACUCCGAUAAAAAAGAAGAAAAAGAGAAUAACCGGAAAGAUUUUUCUCAAAAGGCGGAUAAGCAAGAAGGAACAACAAAAAAAGAAAACAAUCUUGCCACUAACCAGGAAAAUGAUUUUCUGCCUAAUCAGAAUUCUUUUGUGGUUGAAUUAUUGGAGAGAGAAAAAAAAGUCUUGUUAGGAAAAUCUGUUCUCGAUGAGUUUGCUUGUGGUGGCACUGGACUUUACGCGGCCACCGGAGCAAUUUUUAAUCCUCAUAAUCCUUCUUGUGUAGUUGGUGGUUCUUCGUCGGGUUCAGCUUGGGUAGUGACUAAAGACUUAGUUCCUUUCGCUUUGGGUCAUGACACAGGAGAUUCUAUUCGCCGUCCCGCUUCUUAUUGUGGGAUAGUCGGAUUUAAACCUUCUUAUGGUUUAGUUUCGCGGGCUGGUGUUAUUCCCAUGGCUUCUUCUUUGGACACAGUUGGUAUUUUGGCUCAGAAAACAAAAGAUAUCGAUUCAUUGUUUACUACUAUUUCCCAAAAAGACCCUCACGACCUUCUAACUGAGGCACAACGAGGCAAAAUAUUUCCUUCCAAAAAAAAUAAGGUGGCGAUUGUAACUGACAUAGAAAAACAUCUGCCAAUUGGACUAAGUGAUUUAUAUCACAAUGCUAUUGAAAAGUUGCAGAAAUUAGGAUACACCGUUGAAAAAAUAAAUAUACCCAAAAAAAUACGGGAACAUUUGCAAAUUACUUAUCUUAUUCUUUGUUCCAGCGAAUUAGUUAGUCAUCUUAAUUCUCUCCAAGGAGUAACUUAUGGAGUUAGAGAAAACAUUAGCAUUACUCAAAAAAGAA